GUUAAAAACAACGCUAGGGUGCAGUUCUUUCAGCGCAGCUAUUUUUUGUCACGCUUCAGCCUCUGAAAAUAUUUGUUUGUAAGUUCAAUUCAAGCAUAUUGCUAGUGAUGAUAAUAUUGUUUAUUGAUAAAAUUGCUAACUUAUCAAUGUUAGUUGGUUGUAUUUACUCACGCAAAUUGUCUUGCCUUUCAUGUAUGCCAGUCAGCUGUAUUAGUUUUCUCGUGCGUCAUGUAAACGAAUUGUAAAACAUACAAUACUGUACUUUUGUUACUGUUUCUAGUGUAAUAUGCUUUGUUACUGAACAGAGGUGUUUUCACAUUAUUAGAGUAAUGAAAAGAGUUGGCAAGUUGCUACUCAUACGGUAAUUAGCUAUCUAGUUUGGCAUCAUGCCAGAUACAUGGUUCAUUGGCAAUUGUUUUGUAUUUAUGCAACUUCAACUUGAAAUGUAGUGUAACGACCCUGGGUUUAUAAGCGCGGAUAUCGACUCUGCCGCUUGAGCAUGCUUUUGCGGCACAGUGGAUAGCGUGCUGGACUUUGGGCUAGAAGGUCGAGUGUUCGAGACCUGCUCGCUACCUGUUUCAUUACAGUAUAAUGUACAGCUACAGUAUGUCAAUGUGAAUUGAAUACUAGAGCAUAGUGUUUUCUGCAUUUUGCAGUUUCACAACAUAAAUGUUUUCAAUAUAUCCGUUCAAGGAAAGUCUUGGUAGUUUUAUUGAAGACUUAGUUGUUAGCUAUCUGUCUAGUUUUGCAUGGGAAUGCAAUUCCAGGGCAGAAUAGUGAAAAAAGAUUCUCACGGCGGACUCAAGCACAAGAGUAACCGCACAUGGUGGUCAUGAUUCUGUGUUCAUCAGCCAACAAAGCCUCUGAUCCUAGGGAAGACCAGCAGUCUACGAUGCAACAACCAGAGCCAAGUGUUUGACAGAGAGAGAUGGAGGAGCCUCUUCAGCACAUUGGGACCAAGUCUCAGUCUACAAGAUCAAGGUCAUCAAGGUCAUCAAAACAGUCAAGCAGAUCCUCAACGGCGAGUUCUGCAGCCAUCAAAGCACGUGCCAAGGCGAACGGAGGAGACUUGUGCACGCACUAUGCGGAAAAGGAAGCUUCUGUGAUGGAACUAAAGGCGGAACUAGAGGCCAGCUUGUUGAAGCAAAAGGCUGGCCUCAAUGCAAGUGUAUAUGUUCUCCAAGUUGAGAGAGCAGCUGAUGUUGCGUUGGCUGAAGCUGCAGCCUUUGAAACAGCUGUAGGAUCAGAACGCAGGGAUCUUCGCAAAGAACUAGACACAGGGCCACAGCCCUUAAGUCCAGUCCAACGUACUUGUGAGUAUGUGCAACAACAUGCUAGGCCCUACUUUGCUGAACUGCCAUUUGAAGUAGAGACACAAGAGCUUAGUGUUGACCCAGCUACACGCCACAAUCCAGAAAGUAGCAAACAAAGGAGCAUGAGCAGAGACAGUCCGUUCAAAAGAAAUGAACAGCAGCAUGGUGGAAAUGGAAAACAAGCCCACUUCCAGACACACACAAACAGUUUCCCUGAGUCACAAGUGGCAUCAGACCUCACCAAGUACCAACUGUGCCAUGAGAUGGUGAGUUCCGGACUCCUGAAGUUUGAUGAUCGCCCUGAAAAUUAUUGGGCAUGGAAAGCAUCCUUUCUCAAUGCGACCAGAAACUUGAAUUUAUCAGCCAGGGAAGAGUUAGAUCUAAUUACCAAGUGGCUAGGGGCAGAGUCGUCUGAGCAAGCAAAGAGAAUUAGAUCUGUCCAUAUUCUCAACGCAACAGCAGAGCUUAACGUGGUCUGGCAACGACUAGAAGAGUGCUAUGGUACACCCGAAGUGACCGAGAAUGCACUGUUGAAGAAAAUUGAUUUUCCAAAACUGUCUAACAAAGACAAUCACAAGCUAAGAGAACUGGGAGACCUUCUUCUCGAACUGGAGUGUGCUAAAGUAUAAGGGUAGCUUCCAGGCCUCGUUUAUCUGGACACAUCUCGGCGGGUAAACCCUAUAGUAGAGAAACUUCCAUUCAGUUUACAAGACAAAUGGAUAGCACAGGGAUCCAAAUACAAGGAGGACUAUCGGAUAGUAGUCCCACCAUUCUCGUUCUUCUCGAGAUUCAUCAGGAACCAGGCGAAAACUAGAAACAACCCAAGUUUCACCCUCAACUACCCAGGUGUCUACGAAAAGGGAGAUACCUGUCAGGUAUAGCAGCAAGACACCUGUGACUGUAUACAAAACAGACAUGUCAUCUGAGCCCUCAGACCACAAACCAAACCCAGUAAGACAAAGGUUGAAAGCCCUGACCAUCACUGCCCAAUACAUGACAAGCCUCAUCCUCUUAAAAGGUGUCGAGGGUUUAGAUACAAAACUCUAGAUGAGCGCAAAUCAUAUCUCAAAGAGAAUGGCAUUUGUUUCCGAUGUUGUGGGUCAACUCAGCACAGAGCUAAAGACUGUAAGGUGUCAAUCAAGUGUUCUGAUUGUGACAGCAACAGACAUCUUGCUGCUCUGCAUCCAGGCCCAGCCCCUCCAACUGCAGACACCGCUACAGCAGAGAAAGAGCAUGGCGGGAAGCAAGGUGAAAAUGCUCUUCCAUCAGUCACUAAAAAGUGUACUAAGAUCUGUGUUGAGGUAGCCAAUCCAAGAUCAUGUUAAAAAAUAUGCCUAGUCAAAGCUUAUCCAGCUGGGAAAAGAGAGAAAGCUGUCAAAAUGUAUGUAGUGCUCGAUGAGCAGAGCAACAAAUCUCUGGCCAAGACAGAGUUUUUCAAUCUCUUCAACAUCAAUGACAACUCUGCUCCACAAAUCAUGAAGACCUGUUCUGGGCUAACAGAGACUUCAGGCAGGAGAGCCAUUAACUUCAUGGUGGAGUCUAUAGACAGACACAUGCAGCUCACUCUCCCUACUCUGAUAGAGUGUGAAAUGAUGCCAGACAAUAGGAUGGAGAUUCCCUCCCCUGACAUUGCGCAUCAUUUACAUUUACAUUUUAGUCAUUUAUCAGACACUCUUAUCCAGAGCGACUUACAGUAGUGAAUGCAUACGUUUCAUUUCAUGCAUUUUUUUUGUAUAUAUUUUCUUUUUGUACUGGCCACCCGUGGGAAUCAAACCCACAACCCUGGCGUUGCACACACCAUGCUGGCGUUGCAAACACCAUGCUCUACCAACUGAGCCACAGGGAAGGGAUCAUCAUUCCCAUCUGCAAUCAGUGGUGGACAAAAUUCCAGCUGUAGACCCAGACGCUCCCAUCCUCCUACAAGUGAGUUGUCACAAGCCAAAACCGCAAUCAUUCAUUGUGUGCAACAUGAAGCCUUUAAAGAGGAAUUAAAAUGCCUUGAAAAAGGAAAAGAGUUCCCAAAACAAAAUACACUUGUCACGUCCUGACCAGUAAUAGGGGUUAUUUGUUAUUGUAGUUUGGUCAGGACGUGGCAGAGGGUAUUUGUUUUAUGUGGUUCGGGGUGGUUGUGUGUUUAGUGGUGUGUUUGAUUUAUGUAUUCCGGGGUUUUUGGGCACUGUUCUAUGUUAGUGUAUUUCCAUCUAGUCUAGUCUAUUUCUAUGUUUAGUUUAUUGGGGUUGGACCUUCAAUUGGAAGCAGCUGGUUAUCGUUGCUUCUGAUUGAAGGUCCUAUAAGUAGGAGUUUGUUUUCAUGAGUUUUUUUUGUGGGAGAUUGUGCUGGGUAUAGCUUUGGUGCCUUACCGGCCUGUUAUUAGUCGUUGUGUACGUAUUUAUUUUGGUUUAUCUUCUUUGUCUGUUUAAAUAAAAAGAAGAUGAGUACACAUUUCCCCGCUGCGUCUUGGUCCACUUUACCCUACGACAACCUUGACAACACUCAAACUGAACCCAGUGAUUGAUGAGGAUGGGUUGCUGAGGGUGGGAGGCCGCUUAUCCUCUGCCAACAUGUCACAAGAUGAAAAACAUCCUCUUAUCAUCCCACAGACGCACCACUCUGCUGGUAAGACAUUAUCACAAGCAAGUGGCUCACCAGGGCCAUCAUUUUUCAGAUGGAGCUAUUCCAGCAGCAGGGUUCUGUAUUAUUGGGAGCAAACGUCUGGUCUCUGGUGUCAUCCACAAGUGUGUCACCUGCCGCAAAGUUAGAGGAAGGUUAGUUGACCAAAAGAUGGCUGACUUGCCUGCAGACAGACUCACAUCUGAGCCACCAUUCACCAGUGUUGGACUAUGGACCAUGGAAUGUCAUAACUCAUCGCACUAAAGGUGGUAGUGCAUACUCCAAGCACUGGGUGGUACUCUUUACAUGUAUGUCUACUAGAGCAGUCCAUAUUGAGCUCAUCAAAUCCAUGUCCACAUCCAGCUUCAUCAACACGCUGAGGCGGUUUUUUUUCUCCAUCCGUGGUCCAGCAAAAGUGCUAUGCUCUGAUAAAGGUACAGACUUUAUAAGUGCCUGCAGGGAACUGGGAAUCAACACAAAUGACUCAGAACUGACUAAAUACCUCACAGACAAGGGAUGUACUUGGAUAUUUAAUCCCCCACACUCGCCUCAUAUGGGUGGUUCUUGGGAGAGACCCAUUGGGGUUGCCAGACGUAUCCUAGAUGCUAUGUUGUUUCAGAAAGGCUCCACUCGUCUCACGCAUGAGGUCUUGGGCACUCUUCCGUCUGAAGUUAUGGCAAUAAUCAAUGCGAGAACCCUUGUGUCAGUGUCAACCGACCCUGACAUGCCUGCCCUUCUCACACCCUCAAUGUUACUCACACAAAAGACCAGCGCUACCUAAGCCCCUUCGGGAUACUUCCACAUGAACGACCUUCAUGGAAAACAGUGGAAGCAAGUCCAGUGUCUCGCUGACACCUUUUGGAAAAGGUGGAGACAGGAGUACCUGACAACACUGCAGAGAUGCAGAAAAGCCUAACGUAAAAGUAGGAGAUGUUGUCUUAUUGAAAGACAGUCAGGCGCACAGAAAUGACUGGCCAGUCUGGCAUUUGGUCAAAACCUUUCCCAGUACUGACAAAAAGGUAAGGAAAGUAGAACUAAAAAUUGUCACACAAGGACUGCUAAGGUGUUUCUGAGACCAAUCUCAGAGAUCGUUGUUCUUCUUUCUGAAGCAUCCUAGAGACAAAAUAUAUUUUUUUAAAGAAACAUUAUUUGUUUCUUGAUACAUGUUUUAUUUCAUAGUGGCACAAUUUCAUUACACCAGGCGGGGAGUGUAUUGCCAUCCUGUAGAAGGUAACAUAUUUUAUUAUAGUGGUUAAGAUGGACUAUCACUGUGUUCCAUGGUGUUUACUGCCCCCUAGUGAAGCUUUCUGGUACUUAGAAAGACUGCACAGAAUCAGGAAGUAGAGCAGAGUAGUCCUUCUGCAAGCAGAAGCAGUUAAAAACAACGCUAUGGCGCAGUUCUUUCUGUGCAGCUAUUACUUGUCACGCUUCAGCCACUGAAAAUAUUUGUUUUUUCACAACAAACGUUUUCAAUAUAUCCGUUCAAGAAAAGUCACGCCUUGGGAGUUUUAUUGAAGACUUAGUUGUUAGCUAUCUGUCUAAUUCUGCACGGGAACGCAAUUCCAGGGCAGAAUAAAGACUCUUCCUAAAGAUGGCCGCCCUGCCAAACUGAGCAAUCGUGGGAGAAGGGCCUUGGUCAGGGAGGUGACCAAGAACCAGAUGGUCACUCUGACAGAGCUCCAGAGUUCCUCUGUGGAGAUGGGAGAAUGUUCCAGAAGGACAACCAUGUCUGCAGCACUCCACCAAUCAGGCCUUUAUGGUAGAGUGGCCAGGCGGAAGCCACUCCUCAGUAAAAGACACAUGACAGUCCGCUUGGAGUUUGCCAAAAGGCACCUAAUGACUC